CCGUUGCCAUUUAUCGUCACCGUACUGACGUUCCGAUCGGUGGAUGGUGUGUAUAUACACGCGCGUUUACGAGCGGUCACGUCCGUGUGACCACACCACUACCAUCGAAUCGCAUUAACCACCACCAUCGUCACCACUACCACCACCACCACCACCACCAUCUCUCGUUGACUGCCCAGUCUACCUCUCUCCGCGUUUACCUAGGACCAGACAGAGAAAGCGAAAGAGCAAAAGAGUGAGAGGCGAAGAGUAAGAGAGGGUCUCGGCUUUGCGCAAAAGUUACGACGGAGCGAGGAGCAGUGAGACACACCGCGGAGACCGGAAGAGACCCUCUCUCCCUGAAGAAGUCCUCCGGCGAAGUGAGAAAGAGAGACCACGCGCGAAAAACAUAGAUCGCUUCGAUCGAGUGUCUCGACUCUGUGUACAUACGCGGGUGCGCGGGCGUGUGUGCAGUGCGAAAUAAUAUCGAAGAAACCGACGUCGACCGUUGUCAACGACGUGUUCUGCCCGUUGUUUCUUUCUCCGUUUUCGUUUCUCGUAUUUUCUCGCCGACCCGCGGUGUUUGAUAUCGUCGCGCGGACAGGCCACGUGGUCCACCUGGUUUCCUUCUUCUUCCGGGUUUCCCGGCAGGACGCGAACGAACGUCGCCCCAGCGGCGCGAAAUUCCGUCGACUCGGUUCGUGGAUCGCGCGGAAGGCUUUCGAGGCGUCGUCGUUAUCGUCUCUCCGGUCCCAGUGCGCCGUUCCCGAGGAACGAAAACACCAGAACACGUGCUCAUCCGCACGUGCUUUCGACGACGCACGUGCUCUGUUCGGACUGGUCCGGCUGCGUGCACGGAGGAAUCGCUUUCGGGGCCUGCUGCUCCCCCGAAAGUCCGUCAGAAGUUUCGAACAACGAUCGGGGAGAAGAGCCGCGGCGCACGGCACAGCUGGAGGAAUCGACGCGAAAAAGUUUACGGGGGAAUUUGCGCGCGAACAGGUGUCGUCUCGGUGGGCACGGCGUUGACGGUUGUCGGUGGAGCGACCAACGUACACCCCGAUCGAUAGAAAGGAAGUGAAAGGUGACGAAGGAAAGGGAGAAACGAGGAAAAGAAGAAGCAUCGAAACGAAGAGCGAGUCUCUCGGCCGUUCGGUUUGCGCCGCUUACGUACACCGAGCAAGAGCGGGCCCCGCGUUGUGUAAGAGCUGAAAGUAAAAGUUGAAACCGCCGACUUGGGCUCGCGGGAGCGCGUGCGGAGCGCGCUAAAAUCCGAUCCUGUCUCGUAGGCUGGGCAUAGCCGAAUAUUACCUACCUCUCUCUCUCCUUCUCUUUCUCGACGGCGGCUUUCGGAUUUGGUGUAGCCACCAUCGCGAGCCGUUUCACGUCGACGUGUUCCCGCGGAAAGCAAACACGGGUGAUUGCGAGGAAUUCGAACGGUGGAACGCAACGAACGCGAACACGAACACGAACCACGAAACGGGAAACCAGAGCGACGAAAGAACCGUGGGGCAAUUGUGCAACGACAUUUCUAAUACCGUUGCUUCGUGAAAUCCGCGGGAGGGAAAGAGCGCGGCGAUACGCGGUGGUCGUUCAAGUUCGAUACGGCGAAGAAAGCGAUGGAAACGAUCGUUGCCCGGCCGCUGCUGCCGGCGUCGUGCGCUACGAAAUGCGAGUGCUCAAGGUCGUCGCCUGUAUCUCACCGGUAACCCGCUUCCGGGACGAACGUCGUCGACGCAAGCAACGACACCCCGAUCUCGCGGUUCAAUUCGAGCGUGGCUGUCUCUUGAUUCCUCGAUCGCGUCCCGCUCGCUGCAACAACGUUUCGUAAAACGGAUUACAAAACCAGAAGAGAAAGGAGACAGAGAAAGGGAGAGGCAGGGGAGGAAGAAGAGAAGCGCGAGAGGGACAAGGAGAGAGACAAUCCCGCCACAGGAAAUCGCAAGGCAACGAUACACACGGUGGAGAUACGGUGUUCGAGCACCGCGUCGAAGGUAGACGACGACGAGGUGGACGACAAGACCCGCGGAAAAGUAAAUCCGGGGAAAAGGGAGGAGUCCGAUCGUACGAUCCGGAUGUGGCUGGAUCCACUGGUUUUCUUCGCUGUCGCCGACGGUGCGCCGCCUCGACGCCUCCUCGACGCCUCCUCGAACUGGAUUUUCCCCGGUGCUCGUCCUCCUGGUGGUGCAUCGAGCAGAGAUCCCAACGAGAUCCCGAGCUCGUGAACGCCGCGCGGAGACACGCGGCCGAGCGGAAUUAAAAGUGCGCUUAAAAAGGUUAGCGGGAUAAAAAAGGCGCGCGCGCGAAAGGAUAAGAGAAAGGAAUAGGAGCCACCUCCGAGUCCUUGAGAGUACCCAACGGGUAAAAGUGCCGCGCGCGGAGCCAGCCGGUUGACCCUGGGCAGCCAACGGAGCAGACCCCGUUUGAAAAAAGUUAUCCACGUCGUUGUCGUCGUCGUCGUCGACGUCGUCGUCGUCAUCGUCAUCGUCGUCGUUGUCAUCAUCGCGGUCCGUAAAUCUCCUCCACUGUGCGCGUUUCUUCUCAUCUUGCAUCCCCGUUUCGAAGUCGUCCAGCUACGGAUCAGGAAACAUCCGGGGAACAAAUUCCAAUUUCCUCGUCUGUCGGAAGAAUUCCAAACCCACCGAUCGAAUAUUCGAACACGACGCCUCCACCGACGCCGCCGCCGCCGUUGCUCUUCUUUCCACGUAUCACGACUAUGCGGACGUGCUCGACAGUGUGAAGUGUUCUCAGUGCUCCCGAUAUCGUCGCGAUUUUUCGUCUGCGUUCCACCCACGACGUGCCGCGAUCUGUUUCCCGGUGGUGAGAUCUACGCUCCCGGAAUAUCAAUGUACGUCACGUGUAUGCACCGUCGUCCUCGUCGCCGCUAUCACGGGAUUUCGGGUCGUCGGCUCGUGGAGAUGCUUCGUGACUCCUCGAGAGAGUCUUAACCGAAAAGUAACUGCGAUUUGUUCCCAUUUGGAUACCAUAUUGGAUAAAGUGCGGACGAUCAAAAUUACAAGAUGAUGUAUACUGACGGUCUCCUAACACUCCAUUAUGGGAAGCAUCCAGCGACCUUGGCCGCAGAAGUCGGAGCCUGGUACACCGGGGACCGUCACGUGGACGUGACGUUGGCUUGCGACGAUGGUUCCGUCGUCAAGGCCCAUCGCGUAGUUUUGGCGGCAGCUAGUCCCCUUUUGGCUGGUCUCCUUCGUAACCCCGCGUUGGACCACGUGGUCCACUUGUCCGGGGUCCGAAAAACCCAGCUAACUCACCUGCUGGAAUUUCUCUACAACGGAGAAGCUCUAAUUCCAUCGACGGAACUUACACCGCUGAGGGAACUGUUCGAGCUUCUUCAAAUAAAGUCGGAGCUGUUCGAGCCGAAUCAACUUCAGACCUCUAGCAAUUCCGACCCCGAAAGAAUACCCACCCCUCAGCCUUCCGAGGGCCAAGAAAGCUCGAGCUAUGAGUCGCAAUACGACGGCAGGCAGUCCAACAAUCCCGCGGACUGUUGCUCGGUUCUCAUAAAAACCGAAGGCUGCGAAGAGGAACCGGAAGUAGACGUGGAGGGCAUCGAGGGGGAGGCGCUCCUCACGGAGAACAGGGAAAGCAGUAUAGAACCGCCCCGAAGGAGGGAUAGCUCCGAUCCUGUGAACCUGAGUCUAAAUUCUGGCACCUCCACUACCAGCGAAAGUUCCCACGAUAUCGUGCCUAGGUCAGAAAAACAAAUGCUGGAAAGGCGAGAAUCUCUGGAGGAGGCAGAGGAGAGAAGAAGGCAAUUGGCGGCUCGACUCGCGCUAGGCUUAGAACCGGGAAAACGGAAACCAGAUGAAAUACCUAUACCACCUGCGGAGGCAUACGUUGUCACGCCCCAUCGGAAACGAAGGCCAGGCUUUCACAACGCACCUGCGCAGAAUCCGGCUUUUGUACCAUUUAAUCCUGGAUUCGAGACGCCAAGGCGAUUGCAAGCGCCACAUCCCCUCAGCGUCUCGGCACCUCCGUACCUGCAGGACAGGUCGGUGACGCCACCAGGAGCGUCUCACAGGCCACCGAGCGCGGACCCGGCGUCGGCGACGGGAUUGGAGCCACCGUGGAGCUCUUGGGCCCUGCCCCCAGCGAGGGCCCCACCGCCCCCACCGACGGACGACCCGCCGAAAUCCACCCCCGUUCGCGAGUACCGGUGCAGUUAUUGUGGCAAACAGUUCGGGAUGUCUUGGAACUUGAAGACUCAUCUGCGAGUGCACACCGGCGAGAAACCGUUCGCGUGUAGACUUUGUGUCGCCAUGUUCAAGCAAAAGGCCCACCUGCUGAAGCACCUCUGCUCGGUUCACAGAGGCGUCAUAGCCGCCCCCGACAAUACGUUCACCUGUUGCUUCUGCUCGUUGAGUUUCGAUAGUCUGCAAGAGCUCAUCAGGCAUCUGUCGGGACCGCACAACAAUUUGCUGCUCAGCAAAAAUCUCCACGACUAGCGACAAGGUUAAGGCCCAACCGGUGCUCGAACCGAAACUCCGCGAAUCCUCUACGGGGGGGUGGAUCGGAAAGUACGAGUGCCUUCUCUAAAUUUUAUUUUCUUUUUUGUUUUUUUUUUUUUUAAUGCGACGCGAACCACUCACAGUAUUUGUGCGCUCGAUCCAGCAUUUCUUUGUACCGCUUUUUAAUAGAAAAUUAAUGGGUCUGGACGAUGAUCUCGAGACGCCCAGGGCCACUCGCGAACAGCUGUCUCCAAUUAUUUUCAUUAAUUCCCACGGCAUGCAUCCCGAGAACUGUUUUAGCGUCUCGGAAGAUGUCGUACCCUCGACGAUUUUGAAAAUCUUUGGAGGAAGCGCGCGUCGAUCGUUGUUUCUUCGCGACGAGAAAGAGAAAACGCGAUUUUCGAAUUGUACGGAUUUAACGUGAAACCAAAACGGCGUUUUUCUUUCGGAAGAAACAGCAGACACGCACACGGGGGCACCGGAAGAGCCUUUAACGGAAAGCGUUCUGUCGUUCUCGCUACUCUUCGGGUACGCGACAAUCAACUACCAGUUUAUUAUAAUAAGCGAUGACCAGUAAUUCUGACCAAAUAACAUAUUUCCGCCAAUCGACGUAAGUCGGAAGUGUGUCGGGUAUGUUGACGGUCUUCUCAUCAGGAAUCGUUAAGGAAGCCGAAAACGAGAAUGCAAAAAAAAAAAAAACGUGUGGAAGGCGGCGAGAGUCAAUUAUUGUCGCGAAUGAUAAUUGCGUAAACGCACCAUUUUUCUCGUUGCGUCUUGCUCUCACCGAAACGAAAAGAAGGAAAAGCUCUUUUUUUUUAGCGCUUUCGUUCGCGUCACGUGACACUCUCGGCAAGACGUCUCGUUUACCUCAGCGCGCGCAGAAUAAAUCUCACAUGUAAAUAACGUUAACGUUAGUAGUAGGGAAAAAAACAAAAGCGGACGGAUAACAAUUUAUUUAUUUUACACUUUGCAAAGGGACCAACCGAUUUUCCACCGAUUUCUGUCUUAGGUAGAUCUUAGGUGUCCUGCCCGCCAAUCGCCUCGAACAAAUUCGCUCGUCGAGAGCUGAACGGUGUCGAAAACAAAUUCACGCAUGGGAAGAAUUUUCGUAUUCGAAGGCCAAGGAAACGGGAACUAAAAGACAUUGGCGUUCUCCUCUAUCCUGCGAAGAGGAACAUUAUCGACGUGACGGAAACGAUCGAUGGAAUAAACGUUAAUAAUGUUCUUCCUGCGUACGGAUCCCUCGUCUUCCACUUAAUCGUCCUCAGUUUUUCCUUCACCAUGCCCAUAUUCCUCCUCUCGUGUGUUUUCUCUUUAUCAUUUCUUUCCAUCGUAGACAUCUUUGGUAUCUCAGCGACACGAGUGCCUUGUCAAAUGGGUCCAAAUUGGUCGAUUGGGCAGUGAUUUCAUGUGUUCAUAGGCUUAAGAUACGUACACGUGUAAGAUGACGAUACGAGCUCGCUUAGGAAUUGAAGGAAACGUUAAUUAAUUCACGUAGAAAGGUUUUAAAUAUCACUCGAAUUAAUCCAAGUUUUGUUAGGAUCUUUAAGUAGUAGCUUUUGUUUCUCUAAUUCCUUUUUUCCGUUGGCGCAGGACGUCAUAAUCAUUAUUAUUUUUUUUUUCUUUUUUUUUUUUUUUUAUAGGUAGGUAUUAUUACCUAAGGUGCCUUGAAGAAGGGCCUCGACCUCUCUUUACCUCCUUGUCCGCGCGAAAAUCUCGAGCACGAAACGAGCGGCCGUUUGCAAACGAUAUUGUAUCGAGUCGACGUACGUUCGUACCAUGGGGUUCCCAAACUCAGUAGUUUGCGUAUUAAGAAUACAGGCGUCGCUAGUGUAUCGCGUUCCUCCUAGAGCUUUUCUCUCGGGAACCUUACUGUACCUCCACUAAUCUCCGUAAAUAUGAAAUUACCAAAUCAGCGUACCGAAACGUACGUUCGAAAGAAACGCGUGUCGAUGCACGAUAGGACCUCGAUGAUUGCAAGCGAACUGGAAAUUUCGUACAAGUAUCAAGAUUCGUGCAAUUACCGAGGCAAUAACGAGGUGUUCGCGUGCAAGUAUCGAGGUUCGAUCGCAACGGAAUAUCGAUGGAACGCCCUCUUUUUGUUCUCGCGACGAAAUCCCUCGAGGCGACGAUGGCUUCGCGGAACGUUCGACAACGCGGAAAGGAGCGUAAGAAGGGGUUAGAGGGGUGGUGUGCGCUCUCGUUAAGCCAGACAAAAACGGCCAGCACAAAACAGUGAACGCAAUGUGAUACUAAAUGAUAAUAAAGAUAAAGUAAUUAUUGUUUAGCGUGCGACGCCUCGGCGCAUGGCACAAGCGCAAUCCGCGGCUACGACAGUGAAAAGGAACGAGUCUCUCGACCGUGGUUUGCAAUACGCCCGACAGACGAUCCCUUUUCAUCUGCGAGUCGCCUAAAUAAUUGUUAGUAACCAACGUUUCGUCGUUUCUCUUUUCAACCCCUUUUUCUCCUAGAAACCCUCCUCCAAAAACCCCCUCGUCCCCUCUUCUCGAGACGUAAGUGCACUAGGGUUACGUAUACAGAUUAUUUUACCGUUCAUUAGUUACGUUACCGUGUAUGCAUACGCGCGCAUACGCACACACAGACACACCUACAUACACCGACACACACGUACACCGACACGAACACCCACACUGUAUACGCACACGCUCGCGUCCAGAUGUCCAAAAUGGACACCUCGUCUUUCUCGGGCGUAGCGAAUUACUUGUAAAAAUAAAUGAUUUUAGAUCGAUUCGAUGGUUCAUUCUCGUCACUCCCAACCGAUCGGAGAUAAAUGUAUUGCGGAGGGAAGGAUAGAUAGGUCUCUGUCGUUUUGCAAACAAAUCGUGACCGCCAAUAUUUCGUUUCAAAUGGAUUUUUAAUUACACGACUGGCGGCUCGAGCUGACAAAAAUAUAAACAACGAUGGAGGAGGAGGCGUUUCGCGAGUAUCGCUAACGAGGAUCAAUGCAAGAUUUUGCUUGGUUACAGAACCUUACGAAGGCUGAAUAAAACGACCGGAACCUACCAGGUCUAAUUUUUCUUCCUCCCUGCAAUACAUCGACACGAGCACACAGUAUUGUUCGGAUACGAGUGAAAUAUUUAUGGCGACAAAUAUGGGAAACCUCGACGAGGGUUGUCGAUUUUUGGCCAGUUCGAUAGCUUUCGAUUUCAAGGUUCGCGAGGUUCGCAAAAUUAUUUGUUUUUCGUUGUCCCUCCCUUAGUUAUUUCCUCGAAUUAUCGUCGUUUACGUUUGUUCUGCCCCUUUGGACAUCUGGUCAGAGUUUCGUAGAUUUUAAGCAACUUCCGAGCGGAAACUGUUUUCCGCGUGCUUUCUUAGUGUUCAUAGGUUUACAAGAAAUAAAUUAAUU